AUUCGUAAGUAGCGCUACGUGUAAUUUGCUGAGUGCUUGCUUACCAAAACACCAUGCUACCACCACUUCGCCACUCUUGGCCCGUAUCCAAAUAUACUGACCUUUUUUUUUUACACUUUUUGGGAAUAUGCAUCUGGAUGAUGACGUCUCAGACUCGGCGGCAUCAUUACAUGGGAUAUCCUCUCGCAUCAACGACAGCCCGAAACGUCGGAAGAAGAAGCAGAAUAUCGUAAAGUCAAUGUCGAGUAUUCGAAAUUGGAUUUCAAGCCAGAUUACUUUUUUGGCUUUGGCUCACCGCUGGCUGCCAUGUUGACGAUACGAAACCAAACCCCUUUGCUCUAUCACCCUGAUCAUGAUAUUGUCUUUGAGAAUGUGUUUCAUCCAUUCGAUCCAUUGGCCUACCGUUUUGAGCCGCUUAUCAAUGAGUACUACACGGAGCAGCCGGCUGUGCUUGUAGAACGCUCCGUCCCAUUGGGCCCAUCGUUUUCCUUUCCAUCGCUACCAUCCCUUCCGGGUGCGGGCCUGUUAUCUUUCUUUUCGUGGAAAGCGUCAGCAUCACAGCAGCAGCAGCAGCAACAGCAACAACAGCGCCGCCAACAACAGCCAUCUAACAAUGAGGAACCAAAGACGGCACAACAGACGACCCUGCAGGCCACUAACAUGGCAGCUAAAGCUGGUAAACACCAUCACCGGGAUGACACUCGAUCGCCAGAAUCUAUCGUAGCCAAAGCUAGAGGCGAGCAGCCACAGCAAAAAGAUGACGAUGCACAGCAACAAGAGAGUAAAAAGUUUGUAUCGUCAUUCAAUGCAUUUUUGCAAUAUUUUUCAUCACCAUCGUCUUCAACUCAACGGAAAAAGCAAAAGCGAAAAAGUAAUCAAGGUAACGCCGACGAACGACGCAAAGAACGGCAAAUGCAGAAAAAUGAUAACACCGCCACAGCAACAACAACGACGACGACGCUGGAUAGUGUGCCUGGAAUCAUUACUUGGGAUCCACUGCAAGACGAUGUCAAGGAUCAGAUGCUUGCUUUAAAAAGCAAUGACUCUGAGUUGAGGAACGACGACGAUUCAUUUCAGCAGCAGCAGCAGCAGCAGCAGCAGAAACAGCAACGCCAGUCGUUACAAGAGGGAUUUAUGAAAAGGCCUGUUAUACGGUCAAGAUCUCAAACUUUCGGGGGAUCGCCGCAAGAGUUUCAUACGAUGAAGAACACAAUUUUUUCAAACAAAAAUGAUAUCAUUAAUGCUGCAAACAAGAGCCACAAGCAUCAGCAGCAUUUGGUGGAAGUGCUAGGCAUUGAUGGUGUGCGAAUGGAUUCUUUGGAGCGCGCGCAGAUGAAUUUCUCACCUGACAACCGAAGCCAGAAACAGCAACAAGAACGAUAUCAGAAGGAGAAUGUCGAACAACAACAAAAACAACAGCAGGAACAGGAUCGACAAGAGCAGCAGGAUGAAAAGCAACAGCCACAAGCAGCGAUGCAAGAGCCACAGCAAGAUGCAAAGUCUGCGUCAUCUGCCGAUGCUAAUGCUGUAAUUACAACAGAUACGGAAGCUUAUGGUGCUGGUCGUACUGUAACGGAAGAACAAGACAAAAACAGCAGUAACAGUAAAGGUGACCUGUGGUUGGAUUUGCAUCAAGAGCUAAACGAGCCAGGUCCUGCAGUGACAGAACCAGGACAGUCCAAGGAAGAGGUGACCAAGGAUGCCACGCAGCCCAAAGACAGUGACAGCAGCAAUGGUAAUACCGACGCUAAUGCCGACGAUCGUACCAAGAAGAGCAAGCAGGAUCAAAAAGCAGAAGACGCCAAGCAGCAGACCAAAUUGCCAGGUGGUAGACGCAUUGAUCAUGUGCUGCAACCAGAGAGCUUCAUGAGCAUGAUUGCCAAUGAAUACCUGGUAGGUCUCCGAGCACAUUUCUCCUACUGGACAAAUAAGGAUCUUUUGUGGCAUAUUGUGUGUCGGUUGGAAAAUUUGGAGGAAGUCAUUGCCUCUUCGAAUGAUAGCACCAAGUCGACAACACAUAGUAGCGCUGGCGGUAGUACGACGAAUGAUGCUGCUCCCAAUCCUACUGCUGGUUCUUCAUCUUCGAUUAUCAACAAGGAACAACAUCCUCGACAAUAAGAAUUAGAGUUAUUCAUAUCAACAUUCCAUAGUAUAUAUACCCUCCCUUCCCAUUGUCUACAAUAUCAUACACACACUUUCAAUUCUCGUCAAUUAUAUACAUACACACACACACGCACGCACAUACGUAUAUGUACACUUGCACAAGGAAACCAAUCACAUUUACAUCACUUCUUUCCUUGGCACUCUAUACAUUUUUUUUUCCUCUUGAUAUAUAUACACGCAUACACUGAUAGCGAACGACAUCAUUGCAACGAGUACUAUAGAUCCAAAGAGUUUACAUAAAAGAUUAUAUUCUUUUCACUUGUUUCAUAUAAUGGAGGAGAAUUGAUGAUGACAUGUGGGUUAAGAAGUAUUAGUAACAAUAUAGUUGAUAAAUAAAAGAUAGUAUGAAAAUUAGCAAGG